CAAAUGUGAAUGUUAAAAACGAAAUAUGAAUAGAUGUAAAUAUUUAGCUCCAGCAGGUUGAAGCAUACACAUAUAAACCUUUAUUUAUUUAUUUCUCAGUAUCAUUAUCGGCCAUUUCCUCCACAUGUACAACAAUAGGUUGCUGUUGCAUCCUCUGUAGUUUGAAGUUGGCUUUCCCUGACAUGGCAGCACACGGGUUAAGAGUGUCUCCUCCCCUUCUCUGCUGGCCAGACGAUGACGAGCUCAGGUGAUAGUUCACCGUGCAAACUCACGGUGCAGACCCCGGGCAUCUCGAAGCAUCACACAAAUGUGGGUGGGGUCGCUUUGAUGCGCAACCAGACAGCAAUGUGCACUCCACAGCAAACCCCGAAGUCCAUUUAAACUUCAGUAAGAACAAAUAGCCUGCAGGAGGAGAAAGAGGGAGGCGUGGGGGCUCUACUUUCCUGAGUCUCAGGAACAGAUCGGUGAAUUACAUAAAGCUUUAAGGAGGAAUAACCCUGACAGGAACAGAGUACAGGGUGAGAGGCCGAGCAUUUGCAAGUCUACGACUCGUGAGUAGUACGUUUAUUUAUCACUCAAUUAGAGUUGUUCUGCGCAUCUUUUUCUUGCAAGCCUACUAGUAUCUCUCAUCAUGGCAUGGCCGUGCAUCACGCGUGCUUGCUGCAUCAACCGCUUCUGGACCGAGCUGGACAAAGCGGACAUCGCGGUGCCUUUGGUUUUCACCAAGUACUCGGAUGUGGCCGACGUGCAGCAUCUUCCCCAUCACCCGCAGCCGAGGCUGAAGAGGGCCGGAGGCAUUGCCAUAGAAACCCAGCCUCAUCCCGGCGAGCAGGAGGCUGGGAAGGCACCGCCCGCGACGGGUGCCGCAGCGGGCAAAGAUGGCUCUACUGCGUCCGUCAUGCGCCAAGACUUCAAGGCGUGGAGAGUGCGCCCCGAGCCCAGCUGCAAACCCAGAGAUGAGUACAGGCUCUCUGCGGCCCCGUUCAACAACGAAACUCAGUACCAGAAGGAUUAUAAGGCCUGGCCUAUACCGAAGAAGCACGACCACCCCUGGAUCCCCAAACCCAGCCCCACCAGUACCGGCGGGCCGGAGAGGAGCGCAGGCAGCGGUAAGCAGGAGCAUGCGGCCGCCGAGGCCGAGAGCGGCGUGGAGAAGAGCGAGAUUGAGGAGAAAACACAGGAGAAAGAAUCAAAAGAGGCCCCGAAGAAAAGCGUGAAGAGGGAAAAGUCAUCAGAGAGACAAACCGGUGAGAAAACCGAGGCACAGAUUGCUGCAGAUGCGAGCGCCGAGCAGAGGAAAGGCAGAGCAGCUGCAGACGCUCUCAACAGACAGAUAAAGCAGGUUAUGUCGACUUCCAGCAGCUACAGGACUGAGUUCAAGGCGUAUAAGGAUGUGAAACCAGUCAAGGCCAUUAAAGCUGCAUCUCAGUAUAAGCCCCCAGUGGAGGAGACCAGUCUGGAAACCAGCUACAGUGCCACAUACAAGGGGGAGCAGGUGAAGGAUCCCCCCGCUGAUAACAAGCUGAUGGAUCGCAGGAGGAUACGCAGCCUGUACAGUGAGCCCGGCAAGGAGCCUGCCAAGGUGGAUAAACCAGUGUCUCGCGCCAAACCAAAAAAGACACCAACAACAACAACAGGGAAGAUGGUGAAAAAAUCAAAAGAGAAGCAGAUUGCAAGUUCCCAGUCAGCCAAGAAGAAACCGUCUCUGAGCGCCCCACAACCCAAACCAGAUGGAGCCGUCACAAAGAAGAGCAAAGAGAUCAGCAACAGACUGGCUGAAGCGAAGCAGUAAAAGUAGUUCAUCUCUACACUUUUAUGUGCGUGACCGAAGGCGACUUGACAAAUUAGGCAAAUUUCUUCCGUAUGGUUUAUUUCCUUACCUGUUGUUUUUGCUGGUCUGUCAUAUAUUGUUCACUUCUGAAUGGGCACUGAUGUUGAGCUUUUAGAAUAAUGCAAAUAAUUUCACUGUAAAAUGUGUGAGUGUGUGUGCGUGUAUGUGUGUAAAUGUGUGAAAGUAUGCAAUUUCCUGUAUUUUGGUGCACAGAACCGCUUUAUAUUAUUGAGCACAUAAUUUGCACAUUGUUUAUAUGAGUUGUUUGACAUCGAAGUAUAAAAAAGAGCCAUCAGUACACAUGAAGUGUGUGUAUGAAAGGGCAUUUUUACCUUUGUGUCUGAGUGGAUGACAGUUGAGAUCAAUAUUAAAAUGAUUGUAGAAAAUGUCAAGGGGAUGCUUUUUCUCUGAGACUGUAUCACUUAUGAGGUUUUGUGAAAGUACAAAAUCUGUUUUACGGUUGCGUUUCCUAGUUACAGUGCCUCCGCUGUAUGGUCCUGGUUUUCAUUUCAUUGUUCUGGAUGAUAUCUGGUUUUAUCAGUUUGGUUGCUAAGAAACCAAAUGAACUGUAAUAUAAUUGCCACAGCUUGCAUGCAGGACCCCAUUUUUGGUUGAGUAGCAUCAUUUUAGCAGACUAAAUGUCACAGUCACAUUUUAGCUUGUAAAUUGAGCAAUUAAAAAUUAAUGUAUAGGGGCAAGACCUUUUCAGAUAUAAUGCAUGUGUAGUAUUAGAUUCUGAUCACACUGACUAACAAAAGUACAUACACAUAAGUAAAAUCAUAGUCUAGUGGCUAUUAAGGCUAUAAACUAAACACACCAGCAAUAUGGUUUCACCCACAAACAUAUUUCUUGCAAUUCCAAUGGAGAUCCACUCCUUCGACUUAAUGGGAAUACUGCAGUUUUUAUGAUGACUCAGUAUUUUGUGACAUUGUACUCCAUCCUCUCCUCUGAGCUGUGACGCUGUAAUCGUGCUAAAUAAGAAAAAAAGAUAUGCAUAUCCUGUUAGGCCUGAAAAAGGAUUGUAUUUACUCAAUAGGUGUCACUCUGAAUGGGCUGAUUUCUCCAGGUGUUGAAGGACAAGGAAUGGGCCAGGACUUGAAGUGCAGCUCUUAAAAAAACGCUGCUGUCUGAAAAUGCGCAAAUCACAUCUAUUCAUUGUGAGCAUGACAUGAGGUGUUUUUACUAAAAGCCCGUAGCGGCCAACAUGGCUGCAGUGUGUGAGAGCCCACUCGAGCACCACCCACCGUGAGUCUGCUUCCAGUUUUAGCUUCCGUGUAUGUGUGUGUGAGUGAGAGAGUUUUUUGUGUAUGACCUCUACAGCCUGCUGCCUGCUAGCAUCAAGUCUGACCCAACCACUAGACGUGCUGCUAUGCACUCCCAACACCCUGGUGCUAUAUCUCUCAUUGUAUAUGCUGUCUGGUUUGGACUGCGUGUGGCGUCAGACCAGAGUGAAAUGAUGAUAUGACAAUGUCAUACCGCUGCAGACAUGUUGUGAUAUUGUGCUUGUACUCUCAGCUUGCUCUGAAUGAACUCUGAUUAAAAUGAUGAUACAGAA